AAAACAAAAAGACAAGGCAAAUGGAUUCCAUUCACUUAGUAGAAGACUACAUGGGCAUCCUCCGACUUUACAGCGACGGCACCGUUCUCCGGGCAAAAAACAUAGACUUCCUCUUGCCAUCCGUCGUGGACGACACAUCUGUUGUCUUCAACGACAUCCUGUUCGACAAAAACCAUGAUCUCUACCUCCGCCUCUACAAGCCAACAUUGCCACCACCACCACCACCUUUCCCUACCAAGCUUCCCAUCAUCAUUUUCCUUCAUGGUGGUGGUUUUUGCUUUGGCUCCCGCGUUUGGCCUAACUGCCACAACUGCUGCCUGCGCAUCGCGUCUGGUCUCAACGCCGUGGUUAUGGCGCCAGACUAUAGGUUGGCACCAGAGAACAGGCUUCCGGCUGCCAUGGAGGAUGCGGCAAGUACUCAAGCUUUGAGCAGAAACGUGGUUGAGGAAAGCUGGCUCAACAGUGGCGAGGUGGACUUGGAGAGGGUUUUUGUGGUAGGUGACUCAUCGGGUGGCAAUAUGGCGCACCAUUUGGCUGUUCAGUUAGGGGCUGGUUCACCGGAAUUGUGGCCUGUUCGGGUUCGAGGUUAUGUCCUGAUGGCGCCGUUUUUUGGAGGUGUGGUUCGGACAAAAUCAGAGGAGGGGCCUAGUGAGGCUUUACUGAAUCUGGAGAUGCUUGACAGGUUCUGGAGGUUAUCCAUGCCGAUUGGAGAAACCAGAGACCACCCAUUAGCCAACCCUUUUGGUCCUUCGAGCCGUAGCCUUGAAACCUUGAUCCUUGACCCAAUCUUAGUCAUGGUUGGGGGCAAGGAGCUGCUCAAGGAUAGGGCUGAGGACUAUGCCAAGAGACUUAAAGAGAUGGGAAAGAAGAUCAAAUAUGUUGAGUUUGAAGGCAAGGAACAUGGUUUCUUCACUAACGAUCCUUACUCGGAUGUCUCGAGUGAAACUCUGCAACUCAUUGAAAGAUUCAUGAUUGAAAACUCUAGUUGAGAUUCAUGUAUGGAUUUGGACAAAGUGUGAUAAUAGCGUAUGAUGUGUAUUAAACUCUUUGUAGAAUAAAAAUAGAAUUGACAA